AUGGCGUCGAUACGGAUACCGGCUCUGCGGCAUCUCGCGUCAUGCCCCCUGCGCACGGCCCGCAUCGCGAACCAGCGGCGCUGGGCCCAGGUCCAUGACGUGCGCUUCCUCACCCAGCAGCCUCCCCAGGCCGUGCUCGACAAGUACCGCUCCAAGCUCGAGCAAAAGGCCAAGCAAGAAGGCCACGACGGUAUCGACGGAUUGAAGACCGCGUAUGCAGACAAGAUCCAGGCGCAGCGCAGGCAAGACGGAGUCGAGUUCCCGGCGACCAACUACAUACCACAGGCCGGCGACACGCCCGUCGCGCAACCGAAUCGGGGCCCUUUACCAUCCGACACGACCUCUUCCCCCGAUGCUACAGCCUCCAAGCCCCCGGCGGCUUCGAAAGUCCCUGCGGCAGGGGGCGAGAAACCCGCCGUCAAGACGCUAGACGAGAUCCUCGACCUCGAAAAGGUGCGCGAACUGCCCGAGCAGGAGUUGACGGCCAUCUGGCGCCUGCGACACGCCAACUCGCCGCAGAACAUUUGCGCAGUCAUCCCCACGGCGACAUACCAGGCCAUGGAAGACGUCGCCCGCAAGUCGCCCCAGUUCGUCCUGCCCGUGCCUCACGAGAGCCAAGGCGCCGAGAUCCAUUUCCUUCAAUGGACCUUUGAUGCCGCCUCCAAGACGAGCACCGUGCUCUUCACGCAGCUCGCCGAGUACAAGUCGAGGGGCGAGUUCGCGCAACCCCACACUACCGUCACGCACCACCUCGACCUCGCGGGCGACAAGGGCCUGGUGCUGAUGCAAGGCCAGGUCAUGGACGGCCGCGGCAUCCAGCCCGAGCACGCCAAGUGGCUCGUCAUGUGCCUCCAGAGAUUUUACGGCGGCUGGGAGACCGGAGAGGCGGAGCUGACGGGCGACCGCAAGGAAAGGGCAGAUGAGAGGAAGAAACUACUCGAAUGGUUCGCCAACGGCGACUCCAGAUUCAGCGUUGAGAAGCUGUUGGAGGAGGCUGAGCGAAUGGGUUAA